AUGGACCCAUUGGGGCAAACCGGAAUGGUCAGGGACGAAGAACACCGUCAGAUGGUAUCGUACCACGAUAUGACUGCUCAGUCAGGGUCGAAUGACUUUCCUUGCCAUCAGCCCACUCAAUUUGCGCUCCCAUAUUCUCACUUUGCUAUCAUGUACAUCGACCACCGGGGGGAACUUCAGGCCGAAACAUCAUCAUCCAUUGCCGGGUACGAGAAGGCAAUUUUUACAGACGAGGUGCAAGACUGUUUUUUGAAAUUGGCGAAUGGUGAAUGGCAACGCAAUAUGCAAAACAGUCACUCAGGCAUGGCCUUGUCCAACUCUACUCCUUCCUGGUACCACCCAACCCAGCCACGGCCCGUUGGCCUCAUUCCCUGCGAAUGGCAGUCACUCCAGAACAAGCGGCACAGGCGCGGUCUGCGACGCGUUGACUCGGGUUCUGGACACGGAUGGGAGCCCCCUUCUCCUAGUCCGACCCUUAAGCGAUCAACACUCCGGGUCGGACAGACGAAGCUUCUAAGGGCGUACUACGAAAAAGCAUUUGAUUGUUUCCAACAACUCAAUUGUCGCGUGAUUGCAAAGGCUUUUGUCAAGCUGGUCGAGCCCCGAAAACAAGUCCUGCAUCCGUACAAUGGUCGAAGAACAGUGGCUGGAUCCUCCCAAGAGAAUGACCCAGAAAAGACGAAGCCGAAAUGGUGGCCCACCGGAGUGACUCAUAAGGAGCCUGAUCACCUGGGCAAGCCUGAACGGAUUCGGUUGCUGGUCCACAUCCUAUGUGAGCUGAGAGAGAGUCAUGGGGUCACUGCAGAAAAGCUGAAGGAUGCUGGACAAGAUGUAAGACGGCAGAUCGUACCGGCAAUGCGCCUACAGGUUCUAGAUGAGAUUUACUAUGUUCGCGGGAUGGAGGAACUUUACUUGGAUGGAAAAAUCAGUGGAGACACCACAAUCCAUGUGUCCAAUGUCCAUAUGGAGGAGGAGCUACAAGGGCAAAUGAUCAGCGAUAGUGCUUGCGACCCGCUAGCCACGAUGCCAGCUGUACAAAGAGACCAACAGCCCGUGCGCAAAUCACAGCGGGACAUACCAAUCAUUUCAGAAGACACCCAUUAUCCAACCAUGAGAAACAACAAACGACCAGCCGACUCUGAUUGCUACCAACCCAUAUCACCCGCGUCAUCCUCGCCGUCAGUCAGCCGCAAGAGUUCCUUGGAGAGGAAUCUCCCUGCCUACUCAUCCGACAUAGACCCGGCUAUACUAUCGGGGCCUGAGCCUGUCAGAAGUCCGUUGGAGCCCCAGGGCCUCCAUACUGCAGGGCCUACCUCUAUACCCGACUACUUUGCCCACCAAUUUGCAGCGCCAUCUACAGCACAUAACACUCAUCCCGGAUACUGGGGCACAUUGGCGGCACCUAAUGUACAUCCGCAGUUUGCCUUUACCGGAUAUUAA